UCUUUAGCAUCAACAUCAACACUUCAGCAAGGCUCUUCACGGGUGUUAGGACUGGCUCUCGGAAUUUGCGCAAGGCAUAAGCUUGAUCUCUGCGACGAAAAAAUUGUUUUCAAUAAAGCAAUGUUAUACGGCCGAAACUAUACAUGGCGAUUUGCACUCCGAGAUGCAAGAAGAUCUCUUAUAACAUAUUCUAACACAGCAAGCAAAUUUAAUUAUUCUUCAAACUUACCACGAAUUAAGACAACCUUAAUAACUUCAGUAAAACCGAAAUUACCUCUCUCAAUAGCUCAUCGCAGCGCCGAAUUCUCUACAUCUUCAGAUAAACGGAAAGAGCCUCCAAAGACUCCUAAAGGACCUCCUAAUGAAGUGUCAGAAGAAAGUGGAAAGGAUAAUUCUGAGUCAGUAUCCAGCGAAAAUAGUGAUGAAAGCUUAAAUGACAACAAGACAAAAAGUACUGCGCUUCCUUCUCCAACCAGCAACUCACCCACAAAUAACGCAAGUGAUGAGAAAUCAAGCAGUAGCGCCCCUACUUUAAGUUCGGUUGAUAGUGGUAUGGAAUCAACUAAGAAAGGACGUAAAGGCUCUUCAGAUAAAGCUUUACAGAAAGUUUCGCCGCCUGAAAUAUAUCCACAAGUUCUCGCAAUACCUCUUUCAAAACGUCCCUUAUUUCCCGGUUUUUACAAACCUGUUACAAUUCGAAAUAAGCAUGUAAUUGCAGCCAUACAGGACUUGCUUAAAAGGGGCCAACCAUAUAUAGGAGCUUUUGUCUUUAAAGAUGAGAAUUCGGAGGGUGAUGUUAUUGAAGAUAUAAAUGAUGUUUAUGAUACUGGAAUAUUCGCACAGAUCACGGGCGCCUACACUAAUAAUGGCGAGAGUGGUGGCAUCACAGCUAUAUUCUACCCACACAGGCGUGUAAAAUUAACAUCAUUAACAACCCCCAAUGUUGGUCCAAGUCUUGUAGAGGUCAAGAAAACAGAGGCUACACUAUCAGAUGUAACAAUUCCUGAUGUCAUCCCACCGAAAACCGCAAAGGAGGAUUUAGUAUCAGAAAAAAAGAGAAAUGUUACUUCAGGGGUCGAAGAUCAGGCAAUUCAACAAAAAAAUACUGAUAAGCCAACAACCUAUGAACCUACAGCUUUUUUGGAGAAGUAUCCAGUUAGUAUUGCCAAAAUUGAAAAUCUUAUUGAGGAGGCACACGAUCCAAAAUGUUCCAUGAUCCGAGCCUUAACAAACGAGAUUGUGAAUGUUUUUAAAGACGUAGCAAGCUUGAAUAGUUUAUUCAGAGAUCAGAUUUCCACCUUUUCUAUGAGUCAUUCUUCGGGAAAUGUCCUGACGGAGCCAGCUAAACUGGCCGACUUUGCAGCAGCAGUAUCUUCGGGUGACGUGACUGAUUUACAAGAAAUUCUUGAGACUCUCAAUGUGGAGGAAAGAUUAAAGAAAGCUUUAGUGGUCGUAAAAAAAGAACUCAUGAAUGCAAAGCUACAAUCUAAAAUUACAAAGGAUGUAGAGAAAGCAAUAUCAGAUCGACAACGAGAAUACUGGCUAAUGGAACAAAUGAAAGGGAUUCGAAGAGAACUUGGAAUUGAAUCAGAUGGAAAAGAUAAAUUAGUAACCAAAUUUAAGGAAAAAAGUGAGAAAUUAGCAAUGCCGGAGGCUGUCAGGAAAGUUUUUGAGGAAGAGUUAAACAAACUAGCUCAUUUAGAGCCAGCUGCUUCCGAAUUUAAUGUCACAAGAAAUUACUUAGACUGGCUAACUCAAAUCCCGUGGGGUCAACAAAGUGUGGAGAAUUUUAACAUCCAAAACGCUAUAACUGUUCUCGAUGAGGAUCACCAUGGUCUAAAAGAUGUAAAAAGUCGAAUUCUAGAGUUUAUCGCGGUCGGUAAGCUAAGGGGCACCGUUGAAGGUAAAAUCAUAUGUUUCGUUGGGCCACCUGGUGUUGGAAAAACGAGUAUAGGCAAGAGCAUUGCUAGAGCACUAAACAGAGAGUACUACAGAUUCAGUGUUGGAGGACUCGCAGAUGUGGCUGAAAUCAAGGGUCACAGAAGGACCUAUGUUGGUGCAUUACCAGGGCGGAUUGUUCAAGCGUUGAAAAAAUGCCAAACAGAGAACCCUUUAAUCCUGAUUGACGAGAUAGACAAACUAGGUAGAGGUCACCAAGGCGAUCCUGCAAGCGCGCUCCUUGAACUUCUCGAUCCAGAGCAGAAUAAUGCGUUCCUUGAUCAUUAUCUUGAUGUCCCAAUCGAUCUGUCGAAAGUUCUUUUUGUUUGUACAGCUAAUAUGACGGAUACAAUUCCACAACCGCUUCUGGAUCGAAUGGAAAUGAUCGAGCUUUCAGGCUAUGUUGCAGAUGAAAAGAUUUCAAUAGCAGAGAAAUAUCUUGGACCAUCAGCAAAGGAAUUAGCUGGCUUAAAAAAUGCGGAUGUUAACUUAAAUAGAAGUGCCAUCGAAGAGUUAAUCAAAUUUUAUUGUCGUGAAUCUGGAGUCCGUAAUUUAAAGAAGCAUAUUGAGAAGGUCUACCGCAAAUCUGCGCUAAAGAUUGUUAAGGAUCUUGGAGAAGAAGUAUUGCCCGAAACAGAGGCUCUUACAGAAGAGGGGAAAGCAGCAGUCACCGAAUCAAACAAAGAUGGAAAGGAAACAUCUGAAACGCCUCGAGUUGGUCUACAGGUUCCCAAUACAGUGCAUGUAGCUAUUGAUAAGGAUAAUCUCAAGGAUUAUGUCGGUCCCCCAAUUUUUACCUCGGAUCGUUUGUACGAUACGACACCGGCCGGUGUCGCAAUGGGACUUGCGUGGACUCAAAUGGGAGGGGCAGCACUAUAUGUGGAAACGAUCCUUGAAAGUGCACUCUCGUCUGAUUCUAGACCUGGAUUAACUAUCACAGGAAAUUUGAAGUCUGUAAUGAAAGAAUCGGCCACAAUCGCCUUGUCUUUCGCAAAAUCAGUUAUAGCCGCUAGAUUCCCCGAAAACCGUUUCUUUGACAAAGCCAAAGUGCACCUUCACUGUCCAGAAGGCGCAGUUUCCAAAGAUGGACCAUCAGCAGGAAUCACUAUGGCGACUUCGUUUCUCUCCUUGGCUUUAAAUCGGCCAUUAGAUCCAACUAUAGCUAUGACUGGAGAACUCACCAUCACUGGCAAAGUACUUCGGAUUGGCGGCCUGAGAGAGAAGACAGUAGCAGCUCGGCGUGCGGGAUCAAAAGUUAUUAUCUUUCCCGAAGAUAAUAUGUCUGACUGGCUUGAGUUACCAGAGAAUAUAAAAGAGGGAAUCACUGGUCAUCCAGCAAAAUGGUACUCUGAUGUUUUUGAACUAGUGUUCCCAAAUAUUGAUGCAAUAGAUGCAAACAAUUUAUGGAAAAAACAACUAACGCAAAAAAAUGAUGAAACGAAGAAUGAUGAUGGUUUUGAAUAA